GUGAAGUGAACCGCACAGCAGGGACAACAGACAGACACGACAAUGCUUCGCAGUCAGAUGGUGUUCGCGCUGCUGGUGCUGGCGGCGGCCGCUAGAUGGCAGGAGGUGCUGUGCGGCGGGCACGCGCACUCUUACGUCCACCAAUCAGCGCCUGUCGUGGGCCCGGGGCAUCCCGUAGAGGUCGACCAUGGACAUGGACAUGGACACAGCGUCGACUACGUGGCGUACCCGAAGUACGAGUUUGAGUACGGGGUGUCUGACGGGCACUCAGGGGACCACCACUCCCAGAAGGAGCACCGCGACGGAGACGUCGUGACGGGCGAGUACUCGCUCAAGGAGGCGGACGGCAGCGUGCGCACCGUCAAGUACCACGCCGACAAGUCCGGCUUCCACCCCGUCGUACACCACUCGCACCACGGCGUCAGCGCUGGAGCUGGAGGCUACGAAGGCGAUUAUGGAUACUGAAUACGGCUCACCAGAUCGAUUCGACAACUAGUUAAUGGCUGUGAGGACUGUACAAAGAUGCUCAUCACUUCACUAAUGACACAAAUCUGCAUGUUAAAAUGUUUAAGAUUAGUUGUUUUCUUGUUUUUGAACAGUGAAUCGUUUUGUAUUCUUAAUAAAU